AUGAGCACCCUUCCCGGCGGGUGGCUGGAGGAACUCGGCUCGUGUUGCCGCAUGGUGAUGCCCCUCAUUCAGGCCUCCUCGGAGGAGAGGCAAGGCCCUUGUGUGGCCUCCUGCCUUACCCACGGUCUGUGCCCAGUGGAGCCCGGUCAGCAGACAGCAGCAGUGUCCAUGGGCUCUGCUGACCACCAGUUCAACCUCUCGGAGAUCUUGUCCCAGAACUACGGUGUCCGAGAGGGGCAAGAGGUGGCUGCUGAAGACCCUGAGAAACCUGAGGAGGAGCUGGACAAGGACUUCAUCACGCAGAGCAACGACAUGCCUCUUGAUGAGCUACUGGCCCUCUAUGGCUAUGAGGCCUCAGACCCCAUCUCAGAACAGGAGAGUGAGGGGACCGACAGUGCACCCCCACUCCUGGACAUGACCCUAGACAAGGAGCAGAUAGCUAAAGAUUUGCUUUCUGGAGAAGAGGAGACUCAGUCAUCUGCAGAUGACCUCAUGCCAUCCGUGACCUCCCAUACAGCCACAGCUUUGUUCCCCAGCCAGAGUGCGUCCCGAUUCCUGGCUGGUGGAGACAAAGAACCUGGCUCUUCGGCCUCCGACACCGAGGAGGACUCUCUUCCCGCCAACAAAUGUAAGAAGGAGAUCAUGGUGGGGCCUCAGUUCCAAGCUGACCUCAGCAGCCUGCAUGCGAGCCGACAUAGCGAGAAGAUCUGUGAGAAUGAGGACCAGCUGCUCUGGGACCCCCACAUUCUGCCUGAGAGGGAAGUGGAGGAGUUUCUGUACCGAGCCGUCACACGGAGGUGGGACGAGGCGGCUGGACCCCAGCUGCCGGACGGAGAGACAGUGAAGGACAGCGAGCAGGCGCUGUAUGAGCUGGUGCGCUGCAGCUUCAACGCCGAGGAGGCUCUGCGGAGACUGCGCUUCAACGUCAAGGUGGUCCGAGACGGGUUCUGUGCCUGGAGUGAGGAGGAGUGCAGGAACUUCGAGCAUGGCUUCCGUGUGCAUGGAAAGAAUUUCCACCUGAUUCAGGCCAACAAGGUGCGCACGCGGUCAGUGGGUGAAUGUGUGGAGUACUACUACCUGUGGAAGAAGUCCGAGCGCUUCGACUACUUCACCCAGCAGACCCGUCUGGGCCGGAGGAAGUGCGUCCCAUCUGGAAACACGGACAUGGACCAGGACUUGGAUGGGGGUGACCCCGAUGGCUCCAGUCGCCCCCACUCCUCACCACCCCUGCCAUCCACUACCAGUGGCCUGGUCCCUGAGCAGGGUGCCCUGCGAGAACUGUGUGCAGAGCCCCUGAGUGAUGGUGCCCCCCGAGGUCUCGUUGGCCUUGAGGAGCCAGGCACAGAUGGCAUCCAGAUCUCAGAGCCUGGGUCCUGUCCCUUCCUGCCCCGGCAGCCCCGGCCCCUGGCUGACCCAGCCUUCUACCCCCCGGCCUCAGCUUCCCCAGAGCCCAGCACCCACCCAAGACUGGCUGUGGACUUGGCCCUGCCUGGGGCGCUCCCAGAGGGGCUGCCCCUUCUCUCGAGCCACGUGGCUUUGGAUGAGGACCCUGCGCGGAUGGCCUUGUCAGUUGCUGAGUUCGGACUCAUUGGCAUCGGGGAUGUGAACCCCUUUCUGGCCACCCGCCCAGCGUGCCCAGCACCUGGACUGCACACGGAGCCCCUGUCACACUGUAACGUGAUGACCUGUUGA